AUGGUAGCAAUAAAGUUUGACCAAAAAAAUAAAAUAAAAGAAAGAAUAUUAGACUUUGUAUAUUAUAUAUCUCUUAAUAAUGCGGUGACCCUGGGUGAUCUGUUUACUAGGUCGGACAAAUCAGUUAAUCCCGCGAACAUAGUACUAGAAACGAGUGGUAAUUUUGAUAAUAAUCUUGAAAAAAGUUCUAUGGUACUUUUCAAAAUUGCUAUCAGAAUUACCACCUCCAUUUUUUUCAUAAUGUUAGAAGCUAGCUUCAAUCCCAUAAAGACUGUGCUAUUUAAUCUAAGGUAUCGUAUUGCUCUUUGUUAUAAUUUGCACAUUAUUAUUAUCGUACUGCGCGGUAGUGGUAGUGGUAGUGGUAGCUGUAGCGGAAGUGUAAAGAUAUGGUACUACGAAGUACUCCUUUCAAAUAUUAUAGAUCCACUUUUCCUUUUUGGUCUCUACUCGAUACUUUUCUACAGCUCCCAGUUUCCCGUUACCGCCUAUAGUUUCCAGUUUCCAGUUUCCAGCUUAAAAUGA